CAGCAACAAAGCAGGAAGAAGCAAUGCACUGACCCACAGUAGGACAACCUGCAUGUUUUUCUUGCUAUGUUGACCUCAUAUUCCACAUGAGGGAGUUAGUGUUUUAUGAUAUGACCGGAUCAUUUUUGCAAAGGUUCACACUUGGAGUCACCUUCAGAUUGAGAUAAAGACUUUUUUUUUUAUAAUCACAUGAUCAAGUUCUGUUUAUCCCGCUGAUAUAAAUAUGGGAAGGCAACAGACUUCAGGAUCAAAACUUCAUAGGCACUGCGAGAGCUGUCACAACAGAUGCUGUAAAGUGCCCUUAGAGGUCUCUGUGUCAUGCAUGAUCAUCAACUGCCGCUUGCUGUGCGGUGCCUCGUUUCACAUGUGCAAAGAGGAUGAACACAUACUGCUGUGUCCUAAUGAGAAGGUGCCCUGCAUCAAUGCACAUUAUGGCUGCCCUUUCACCAUGUGUCGCUCAAAGCUGGCCAAACACCUGGAAGUAUGUCCCGCUAGUGUGGUGGUCUGCUCGAUGGAAUGGAACCGCUGGCCUAUUGAAGAGACAGAACCUCCUGAGUUCUACAAGAAUAUCUUGAAGGAGAGCCACACCCAGGAGCCUCUGGACCUUUCCAUGGCACUGCGGGACCAAAGGCAUUUGUUUCAGUCUCUCAAAAUGAAAGCUCUAUUUCCUGAACUUAUUGAAAAGAUUGAGAAGAAACCUGUCAUUCAAGAACUCGAGGGAGCUGUUGGAGGGUUAUCUAAAGAUGCACAAGAAGCCUUGUUAUCUAUAAAUGCUCUCUCAUGCCUUGAACCUCAGGAGAAGGAGUUAACUCAGGAAGAGAGGGAGGCGAUAGCAAGGAACACUGAUGUAAAAGGCAUUGAAAGGUAUGAGAUCUGGGAGAGGAUGUUUAGUAUGGAGCUGAGUGGCUGCCAGCAAACUGUCAAGUCACUAGGCACCAACCCUGCUUCCAGUAGCAAAAAGCUGAAACCUCAAGUAAAUCCAACGGAACUAGAGAUCCUUAAAGAGGAGGCAGAAACAGAAAUUGGAAAUUCAGCAGCACUUACUUAUAAGUCACAUUUCAAUCCAUAUGAAAUGGAUGAAGAUAAAUUUCUAAUAGCAGUUUCUUUAUUUGCAUGUGACACGCGUCCUAAUAAGACAUUUGUAUACGAACAUUUGGAGCCCAUGAAGAUCAAAACUGUGCGAACGUUCAAAGUUCCCACCAGUUUCAUGGCCCGGCCAAGGUGUAUACGGAAUCCUUCUCAUUACAAAAAAGAAAGCAAAGCUGUUGACACAGAAGACCUGAGCACUGACAUGGAGAACAUGCCAAAAUGGGAUGAGGUUCAAGCAUCCCUUCUGUGCUCUCUGGAGAAGGAACUCAGAGGACACCUUAUUGCCGAGUCCAGUUCUGCAGAUGCACUUCUUAAGGAUGAAGGAACUCAAACUUAUGACUUUUACUCUGCUCCUUUCAAAGCAGAUGCAUCUCUGGCGGAUCUCACGACAGACAAGCCUCUGCAGCUUCAUGUACAGAUACAAACUGAGAGCGUCACAAACAGGCAUAACAAAUGUAGCUCUGUAUUCACAUACAUCUGCAGCCAUUCAUACAGAAGAAAUGAGUUUCCUUUUCAUUAUAAGAACUUUCACUCAGAUAUCCAGUUCUGUUUAAAUGGCUGGUUUGAACACAGGUGUCCUCUGGCUUAUUUGGGUUGCACCUACAGUCAAAGGCAACUCCGGCCUUUUGCACACAAAGCCGCGGUCUCCUACGAUAAAGACCUCAGCACAUUUACUCUCAGACCCGAGGUGCCAUCGGUUCACUAUGAAGGUGUGACGACAGGAAAUACAGAAAGAAAACGAGCACGAAACCAGGACGCUCUAAGCAAGUUGCCUUUUGAGGUUCUCACUCACAUUGCUGGGUUUCUGGACAGCUUUACACUGUCUCAGCUGGCUCUCGUAUCCAGGUUAAUGAGAGAGGUGUGUGGGAUUUUGCUACAUGAAAGAGGCAUGGUUUCGCUCAAGUGGGAGAAGAAAAUCUACUCACAUGGUGGAUGGUGCUGGAGAGCUAAACAUAAGGUCUGGGAAUUCAGCAACUUGUUUUCCCCUGUAGACCAUUGGUGCUUGGACAAUGUCCCCUCAAUGUCUGAACACCUUAAGGUCUGUCCCUAUUAUGAGAUGGAAAACAGAACGGAACCUGUACCUUUAACUGGUGUCUUCGAUUAUGAAAAAGAAGAUAGAGCGCAAAGUCUUGUGUCCAUGUUUAUCAAGGAUAAGUGACUUUUGCAUUGCAGUUAAAGAAAAUAUUUAACAAAAGGGUGGCAUAAUAUAGCCUGAUGUUAUUGUUACCACUGUUAAGUUUAUUAUUUUCCAAUAAUGGUAUGUUCCAAUAUGUUUUAUUUCUCAUAUAUUACAGCAAUUUUUCCAUAAUGACCAUUUAAAAAAUUCAUUAAAGACAUUUUUAUUUCUGUAUAGUCACAUCUAAUGACGUACUAUUAUCACUAUAGCAGCUCUAUAGCAGCUCUAAACAAAACACAUACAGUAUUUAAUCUUUCUUGAAGAUUGGCUGACAUCUUCAUACUGUAUGGCUGACAACUUAACAUUAUAGCUUUGUGUUUGAUUGUUAAAAAGUGCUGACACUGGAGACAUUUUUCAUUAUUGUUAAAUGACUUAUUAUAGAAACUUUCACCAUAUCUAUUAUUAAACUUUUUUGGGAAACUAACAAUUUUUAAAUCUGCAUAUUAUUAAUCUAGUGACUAACUAUUGCCAUUGAAAACAAGAAAGAACACAUUCAUCUACAAAUGUUAUUUGCCCUGCAGCUGGCAUUAAUGUCAGCUAUAUAAACCACUGUGAUAUAAGUAGGACAUAACUCAUAUUUCUAAACCCAUGCAUUGAAACUUCUAUCAUCAAUUUCAACUUCCAUUAUUGGCUGUGAUGAACCUCCUAAACUUUAAUGAAUCAUAUAUUUCCAUCCCUCCCUAUUAUAUGUAAAUAAAUAUUAGUCUAAUCAUUUUACAUUGGUUUGUACCCAAUAGAUAAUUCCCCUUAAGGAAGAUGUACAGUAUAGAAUUAUAAACCGUUAAUAAAAGUCAUCAUAAAAUGAUGCAUUCAAACACUUUGGUUAUUAUGCUAUACCUGUCCUC